AUGUAUGAGCUGAAAAACAGUGGAGUGGCCGAUACCAGUGGUGCGAUUAUUCUGGGAAGCGCUUUCCUAAUAGGAGCGGGCAGUGCCCUAGCAUUGCUGUUAGGUGCUUUGAUCGAAAAAAAGGAACUGAUUAUAGUAUUUCUGGUCAUGCAAUUUGUCGUGAAUACGGUGGAGCUUUUUUAUAUAAUACUGGCCUUAAUGCAUGGCAUGGAAUAUAACAAAUUUGUAUUCUAUGUACUGCCUCUGUUUCUGCUAAUAUACAUAAUUAUUGUUGCAUAUUCGUACUUCAGGUACAUCUGGGAAGAAUAUUGAAUGACUUUGACAACAGGAUCGCACAAGUGAUAUGACUUUCUGCUUACUUAAGUGCCAUAGUAGUUAGUUUAUUGAUGGAGUAUUACUUUUUGCAGGCUUAUAUUGAUAAAUGCUUAAUAUUCCUUUCUGAACGGGUGCCACGAUUUUAUUUAGGAUAUCAAUAAAUAAAUUUUUUUAUGGAGAA